GUGAUACCUCUGUCCUGGCUGGAGUGUACGGGCCAGCCGAGGUGAAGGUCAGCAAAGAAAUCUUCAACAAGGCCACACUCGAAGUGAUCCUGAGGCCGAAGAUCGGGCUGCCUGGCGUGGCUGAGAAGAGCCGGGAGCGGCUGAUCAGGAACACGUGUGAAGCCGUGGUUCUGGGAGCCCUGCACCCCCGAACCUCCAUCACGGUGGUGCUGCAGGUGGUGAGCGACGCAGGCUCCCUCUUGGCCUGUUGCCUGAACGCUGCCUGCAUGGCACUGGUGGAUGCAGGUGUGCCCAUGCGGGCUCUCUUCUGCGGGGUCAGCUGUGCCCUGGACUCUGAUGGCAAUCUCGUGCUAGGCCCCACGACCAAGCAAGAAAAGGAGGCCCGGGCUAUCCUGACCUUUGCUCUGGACAGCGUGGAGCAGAAGCUGCUGAUGUCUAACACCAAAGGGCUCUAUUCGGAUGCCGAGCUCCAGCAGUGCCUGGCUGCUGCCCAGGAUCUCUCACCUGGGUUUGGUCAAUUAGGCUGA